CACACUUUAAAAUUAUGGACAAUUCCCGAGGCACCCUUUAAAAUUAUGGACAGUCCCGAGGCAGCUUUUGAAAUGAUGGAUGCCCCGAGGCACACUUUAAAAUGAUGCAGUCCCCAGGCACCUUUUAAAAUGAUGGACAGCCUCGAGGCACCUGAGGCACCUUUUAAAAUGAUGGACAGUCCCGAUGCACCCUUUAAAUUGAUGGACAGUCCUGAGGCACCUUUUAAAAUGAUGGACAGUCCCGAGGCACCCUUUAAAAUUAUGGACAGUCCCAAGGCACCCUUUAAAAUUAUGGACAGUCCUGAGGCACCUUUUAAAAUGAUGAGCAGUCCCGAGGCACCCUUUAAAAUUAUGCACAGUCCCAAGGCACCCUUUAAUAUUAUGGACAUUCUUGAGGCACCCCAUUCUAAAAUGUAA